AUGAAAGUUCGCAGCGGCCUUUUGGCAUUAGUUGUUUUGGCCAUCUGUGGCGUGAGCCAGAGCCAGCGUAUUGAUGAUAUUUGCGAGAUGUUCGCUGAUAAUACGGUCAUACGUGAUCCAGAAUCGUGCAGUCGAUCAAUAACCUGCCUCGAUGGCAAGAGCACCUACAGCACCUGCACGGGCUCCAAGCCAUUUUUCGACAAGAGCAAAUUGAGUUGUGUGAGUUCGCUAGCUGAGGAUGAAGCGGACGGUUGCUACGUGUCCUGUGUGAACGCAACGAAUACAUGGAUUGGGGAUCCAAAGUCAUGCUUUGGCUACUAUUACUGUAUCGAUGAGCAGACGCCCGCUUAUGGCACCUGCCCGGACGAUAUGCACUUCAAUUCGGCGAUACAGGAGUGUGUUUGGACACAUACAUCUGACUGUCAUUCGACCAAGUUUGACUAUUGCAGCAUCAUCAAGGAUGGCGUCAAAUUUGAUAAUGUGCUCGGUUGCGAUCGGUAUCAUGUGUGCACCAAGGGGGUACUAGUGGAUUCGAGCUGCUCGUCGGGCUACUUUCAAAAGAGAACUGGCGCUUGUGAGCCCAAAACUUCAGUCUAUUGCGAUGCUCAUCCCUUUCCCAAAAAUGUUUGCGGCACGGAAAAGUCACCCAAGAAGAAUGCUCUGGUGCCAGAUGGCGCCACCUGUCAUGGUCACUUCUUCUGUGCCGAGCAGGAUGAUGGCACCCCGGAUCCAAAUCCGCGUUGGGGCAGAUGCAAUGAUGAUCUGUUCUUUGACAAGAGCUCACAGAAGUGCGUUGAGCCGAACAAGGUCGUCUGCACGGAGGAUCGCUGCCAGGGUCGCACAAUUCCAUUUGUCCUGAGUUCAACCAAGGGUUGUCGCCACUAUCUGCGCUGUGGCAAUGGUCGCACCAUCGAUGAGAAGAGCUGCGGCAACUACUUCUUCGAUGAGGCCAACGAAAUGUGUGUGGACAGGAUAUUGACGUAUGCUAUCUGCUAGCCUAGUCAGACCAUUUGAAAUCAUUAAAUAGAUCUUAUUUUCAAGAGCACAUUACUGAUUUCGAUUUUCUUAGUACAU